AUGCAUCCCAUGACGGCAUGCCGUGAAGUUAUUGGUUCUUGCUGGCUGUUUUAUCAGCUUUACGGCUCACUCAAAAGGGAGUCACUUGGAUUUAAAAUUAGAAUUAAUGCUGACUUUAUUUUUGUUGCUCUUGUUCUUGUCGGAAAAACGAUGAAAACAGAAAUAAAAAUUCCAACACAAAAAUAUGACAGAGUAAUCAAGAGACGACGUGGUGUAAUCAAUCUAGAUUUUUAUACUUUGAAACGAAGAAAUAAAUGUCUGAUGAAAAAGAAAACAAAAAGUAAAAGAAGAAGCCCACACAUUUCCCAUCUGAGACAUUUCGAGCUCGUCAAAAAGAAUUCGCAAAAGAAGCUCAAAGUAAAAAGGCAAUUAAAUGCAAUUAAAGCUGAGGCGAACGACUAUGGAGACGUAAUUUAA